CAGUAAUAAAACAUGGCUCUAAAGGAAUGUCGAUGUUUUCUUCCAUUGCCAAAUUUACAACCUCACCAGUAUCCAUCACAAACAAACAGUCAACCGAGUUUUAUGUUUGUGUUAAGUAUAUGGGAAGACUUGGAAGUAAUUUAUUUCAGUUUGCCUCUGGAUACGGAAUUGCUGCCUCUAAAGGUAUGAAGUUAGUAGUCGGAGAAUCUGAUAAAGUAUACCAAAUAUUUCAAAUAAAAGACAGUAAAAACAUUCUGAUCAGUACAAACAAACACGAGUGUGACAACGCAAUAUAUCGAAAAGAGCAUAAAACGCAUUCUUAUGAUAAAGAUAUUGUAGAUUUUAAAUCAGAUGCAACAUAUAGAGUGGGGCGAUAUUUGCAGUCAUGGAAAUAUUUCCAUAAUGUGUCAAAUGAACUACGAGAAAUUCUUAAAUUUAGAAGUCACAUUCAAACAAAAGCAAAUAAGUUAAUGGAAAAUGUUUUAAGGAAAUAUAAUACUUCCAGAGAGAAUGUUACUCUUAUCGCUGUCCACGUAAGACGUGGAGAUGUAGUCACCUUAAGCCUUGAAAAUGUCCUUUCGAUUGCAACUAAGGAGUACUUUGAAAAAGCUUUCCAAUACUUUAGAAGUUACUCCAGUCCAAUUUUUGUUGUUUGUUCCAAUGGUAUGGCUUGGAGUAAAGCAAAUAUUCCUAAAAACUACACGGUCGAAUUUAUGGACGGAAAUUUACCGGAAGAAGAUUUGGCUUUAAUGGCGUCGUGUGAUCACAUGAUAUCGUCGGUUGGUUCCUUUAGCUGGUGGGCAGGCUGGUUUACUAACGGAACAGUGACAUUCUAUAAAUGGCCCGUUUUAGAAGAUUCAAAACGUCGACAUACCUUCAGCUCAGACUUCAUGGAUUUUUUCUACCCACACUGGAUAGGAUUAUAAAAUGACAGAUUGGAUUGAGUACUGUAAAACCACAUAUUUUCGAGGGGUAAAAUUUUCGUGGAUUGAGAAAAAUAUAUUGGU